AUGAAUUUGACUACGAGAUUUGUGGACUCUUUUAGUCUCACAGAUGAUCUGCUUACUUAAAUCAUAUAAGAUAAAUAGACAAUCAGUUUAUCCUUGAGACAAUUGAGCAAAUUGCACCAUUUGCAAAAGAUGCUAGAAGAGUUUUAAUUUCUCAAUAUUGUAUACAGUGAUUAAAGUAGAGUGAGGAAGAUGAUGUUAACUCGAACAAAAUCUAAUCUGAAUUUACAAUAAUAACUGUGUCAUCAAAUAGAUAAGAAAAUUGAAGAUUUCAUGAACUUUUUCAAGAAAUUAGACUCUAUCCUUUUUUACACAAUGAAUAUGCAACUCAUGUCUGAGAACUGUUUAGAAUUCUUAUAGCAAAUUGCAGAUUUAAUUUUGGGCAGUCCUGCAUUUACAGUUAUUUAUGAGAUUAACAAGAAAGUGAAUGGGAUGUCAACUCACAUUAACGACAUCGAGAAUGCCUAUUAGAAAUUAUUAAAAUUCAAGGAGAGCACAAAUGUGUAAGGAAGCGAACUCGAUAAUCUCUUUGGCACAAAUGAAUUAUAUGUGUACAAAAACAAGUAUUCAUACUUGAUUUACGAUGUGAAGGAUGUACCAUUCAAGGCAUUCCCAGAUUAUAGAUUGAUAUUGGAUCAGUUUAUUUCAAUUGCUUAUGAUUUUCAAAAAGAAAUAUAUGACAAGGAAAACUUAGUGAGCAUCAUAAGAGGGAUUAAGUCAAGGUUCAUUAAGAAUUCAACGAGGAUUAUGCUAAGAAAUCAUUCGAUAAUAAGUUACUGA